GCCCAGAAUGGUGCUGGAAGGAAACCCCGAAGUGGGGGCUCCCCGAACCUCAGACCUCCAGCACCCUGGGAACCAGGGCUCUUGCGUCCUCUCUUCUCCUGGUGAAGAGGUGCAACCAGGCGAGGAGCCCAUCAAGUACGGCGAACUCAUCGUCCUGGGAUGCUGUGAGGAAGGAGGUGAGGAAACCGAGGCUCAGAGAGGGGAAGUGACUGGUCCAAGGGCACACAGCUGCUACAAUGGGUGUCUGUCAAGUGGGGACAAGGGUCGCCGGCGAAGCCGCCUGGCACUGAGCCGCCGGCCACAUGCCAACGGAGUGAAGCCAGACGUCAUGCACCACAUCUCCACGCCGCUCGUCUCCAAGGCGCUGAGUAACCGGGGCCAGCACAGCAUCUCGUACACACUGUCCCGGAGCCACUCGGUCAUAGUCGAGUAUACACAUGACAGUGACACAGACAUGUUCCAGAUCGGCCGCUCCACGGAGAACAUGAUCGACUUUGUGGUAACAGACACGUCGCCCGGAGGAGGGGCAGCCGAGGGCCCCUCUGCCCAGAGCACCAUCUCCCGCUACGCCUGCCGCAUCCUGUGUGACCGCCGGCCGCCCUACACUGCCCGCAUCUAUGCCGCUGGCUUCGACGCCUCCAGCAACAUCUUCCUCGGAGAGCGGGCAGCCAAAUGGCGGACCCCCGACGGCCUGAUGGACGGCUUAACCACCAAUGGGGUCCUGGUGAUGCACCCAGCGGGCGGCUUCUCUGAGGACUCAGCCCCAGGUGUCUGGCGGGAGAUCUCAGUCUGUGGGAACGUCUAUACUCUGAGGGACAGCCGCUCGGCACAGCAGCGGGGGAAGCUGGUGGAAAAUGAGUCCAACGUGCUGCAGGACGGCUCCCUCAUCGACCUGUGUGGGGCCACGCUGCUGUGGCGCACGCCGGCGGGGCUGCUGCGGGCACCCACGCUGAAGCAGCUGGAGGCCCAGCGGCAGGAGGCCAAUGCAGCGCGGCCCCAGUGCCCAGUGGGCCUCAGCACCCUGGCCUUCCCCAGCCCGGCCCGUGGCCGCACAGCACCUGACAAGCAGCAGCCCUGGGUCUACGUUCGCUGCGGCCAUGUCCACGGCUACCACGGCUGGGGCUGCCGGCGAGAGCGGGGUCCCCAGGAGCGCGAGUGUCCUCUCUGCCGUCUUGUGGGGCCCUAUGUGCCCCUGUGGCUUGGCCAGGAGGCCGGCCUCUGCUUGGACCCCGGACCGCCCAGCCAUGCCUUUGCACCCUGUGGCCACGUCUGCUCUGAGAAGACUGCCCGCUACUGGGCCCAGACACCACUGCCCCAUGGCACCCACGCUUUCCAUGCUGCCUGCCCCUUUUGUGGGGCCUGGCUCACCGGCGAGCAUGGCUGCGUCCGCCUAAUUUUCCAGGGGCCACUGGACUAGGCUCCCCAGAGCCCCCUGCUGCCGCGCCCGCCUGCCCACCCAGGUCCUCCACCUCCUGCAGCCUAGAGGGAGCUCUGCAUGCGGGACUCUACCUGCUGGCGCCUAGCCACACCAGAGGGAUGCGUUGGGUGGGCUGUGCCCCUCCCCUUUUAACUCUGGCCCCAAAGGUGUUCCUGAGACCCAUACCCCAGUUAGAGUGAUGGGGUCCUCAGCACCAACUCCAUCCUGGCCCGAUGGAAGGAAACCCACCCCCAUCCCUGGCCCUUCCUGGGGUGUCCCACAUCAUGCCGCCUACACUGUGCCCCUGGGGGAGUGAAGAGGCCCUGAGCCCCUGACCCCCAGUUUAGGCUGGCCAUGCCCUGAGCCUGCCGACCCAGCUUCAGAUAGUCACCCUGCUGCUGCCCCUGGGCCCUCUCUAAACCUUGCUGUUCAGCUGCCCUCACAAUCCCAUGUGUCCCGCAUGUGUGCAGUGCCUCCAGGCCCUGAGUAAGUUAAGGCGGGUGGCAGGCUGGGACCAGUAUCUGCUGAUACCCACUGUGGGCUGGACUCCAUGCCAGGUGGGUUCUGGGGACACAGAGACAAUCAGACCCGGUUCCCUGUCUGGUGGGGUUAACAGUCUUGUGGACAACAGUCUUGUCAAAUUGCCGAAUGACAGCAUGGCUUCCUGUGUGCCUGGAUCAGAGAUUUCCCCGGGGCCGUGGCGCAGGCCUCACUGGCAGGUGGAAAAGUGAGGAGGGUCACAGAGGACGUGGCAUAGGAACUCGGGAUCCCCCACAGGAAAGGGAGGUGCCAGUGGGCAGAAGGGACAGGUGGAGCUCAGGCUCCGAGCCUGGAUUCCCUGACUGGAGCUCUCGGCCGACUCCAAGGAACCUGCACCCACUGGCCAUCGAGUCCCGUGAGGAAGGGGGAGCCACAUCACCCCCACUGUGCAGGCUCCCACCUGCAGAACACUGAGGUCAGGGACUGGGAAAAGCCCCAAAGGAGCGCGGGGUCGGAGCCGUCCGUGUGGGGCGGGGGCGGGGCUCCCUGGUGCCCCGCGAGUGGCACCCAUGCCGC